GGAGGAGGGAGCCGGAAGCGGCGGAGGUUGUCGGGGUAACCAACGCCGGGGUGGCCUGCGGGGGGACUGCGGCCAUGGGCGAGCUGGGUCCGGACGAUGGGGCCGGGAACACGUACAGCCUGCGGCCCGGCCUCCAGCGCCGAUUUAAAUCGUCCACAGUAAAAGAAUGCAUCCAUGCAAUACUGAAGGAGAAGCUGGCCAAUGUACAGUACAUCCCAGAAGAAAUGCCUCAGCUUACAAAGUCCUUAUCAGAGAUAAUAAAAGACAGACUGAAAGAGGAGGGAUUUGACAGGUACAAAAUGGUGGUGCAGGUUGUGAUUGGAGAGCAGAGAGGAGAAGGAGUGAAUAUGGCUGCGCGAUGUUUCUGGGAUGCCGACACUGACAGCUAUGCUCAUGAUGUAUUCAUGAAUGACAGCCUGUUUUGUGUGGUAGCUGCGUUUGGCUGCUUCUACUAUUGAAGAUGGUAAACAUUGCAGAGAAGAACAGAGGUGGGGGAGAAUGCUAAAGCAUUAGGGUGGUUUUUUGUUGAAAUGCACAAAAGCAUCAUGUUCUUCCUUUAGUACCUAACACAGUAACAGCUCUACAAAGCAUGUCCUACACCUGUUCUCCACACUACAACAUUCCUUCUUCCUUGUGGAUAUCAAUAGAGCUUUAAGCACAAUAUUAUUAUGUCCUUUAUUUAAAUCACCCUUUGUUUUUAUAUAGUGUGUUAGUUUUGUCCUAAAAAAGUGUAUUGCCAGUAGACAUUGUUUCGAAAGCAAACUCAGCUUUCCUCUUGAAA